GACCCAAUUUAGAUAGCAAGGCCGGCCAAUAAACAAAAUAAUGUUAUUGAAGUGCAAACGAGCGCAUAGAAAAUUUAUAGCCCAAUGAAUCACCAGAUACGGCCAUGUGAUUCAUCCCUUUCUUAUUUUUCUUUUCCUUUUGUAUAGCUUCAGACAAGCGGUGCAUGACGCACCAGAAAGUAGGGACAAAUAAAUAAACAAAUCUGUGACCCGCACGAUCCUCUGAAUAGAUCGUAUUACUCAUAGUGUAGCGCAGGCAUACAAGAUAGGAAAUCACGUGUUCAUUUGAGACCGUGAGCAGGCAGCAUAGACAGAUAAGGCGCCUGGAAUACACAAAGACAACAAGGCACCAGGCGAAAGAUUAUUGCUGGUAAUAAGCCUGGCCUCGCCCAUUAUCGAAUAUACGAAGGGCUAUAAACAAAAAUAACAUUUUAAGCCGACGAUGAGUAAUAAACUUUCUAAAUUGUACCCCUCUAGCGAGAGCGACAAAGGUCCGCAGAGAUAAGCGGGUAGUAAUAACAUGUAGGGAAAUAGCAGGCAGACAAUCGAUAUGGGCUCGGUUGUCUGAGAAGGAAAGAGAGAUCUCUUCUCUCCUUUAUAGUUUUAACGCCUAGGAAUGAAUUCUUGGGUAUAUAUACUGGGGAUUCUGGCCUAGGAAGUCAGUUCAAUUUCACAGUUCAAACCGAAAGGUUCAAUUUCACAGUUCAAAUCAAACAGUUCAAUUUCACAGUUCAAAUCAAACAGUUCAAAUCAAACAGUUCAAAUCAGAAGUCUAAUUCGUUAGUUCAAAAUCAAAGUUCGUAGUUCAAAGUUCAAUUCGUGAUCCGAAAAUCCACCAAGCGUUGACAACCAGGCGUCACGCAUCAGUAUCCGGAUACACCCAAGCGUUGGCAACCAGGCGCCACGCUAUAAAAGGUAUAACCAAAAGGAACAAAUCCCAAUCCGAAAAGCAGACCAUUUGCUUCGCUUCACCGGACCGCACUGGAGCCGGAAGAGGUUGAAGUUUUGUGGCUGCCCUAGCCGGGAUUUGUUCACGCAAAGGGGCUUAGCCCAUAAGAGACCAACCAAGUCCAGGGAAAUAGAUCCCUGGCUUUAAUAAAUUUAAACCGUGAUUCUCAGGCCUCAAUUGCCGACAUCUAGGGAAAUAAGUUCCCUAGAUUAAUCACGAAGCGCUCGAGAGAGGACGAGCGAAAAGUCUUGCCUUCAUAGCAAGCAUCUAGGGAACUCCAGUUCCUUAGAUUAUAUUUUGGUGGCUCCAGAGAGGAGAUUUAAAACUCACACCUUCGCCAAGAAAAGAACCACGAUCCCUCGCGCAAGAGGAGUAAAUCGGGAGGCUCAGAAUCACGCCUUUUUGAAAAGACUAAGAAGUCAAGAAUUGAAAUUUGAACUCUCGCGCCAGAGAGUGAAAUUGAACUCACGUGUAUUCAAACGGGAAUCACGUUGUAAGAGGAGAUAAGACUUGGAACUCAAGCACUCAUAGAAAUUGAUUUGAACACACGUGCAUUCAAAAGGGAAUCACGUUUAUAAGAAAGAGAUAAGACUUGAAAAUUUAAGCACUCAAAAAAGAUCUGAAUUGAACUCACGUGUAUUCAAGAAGGAAUCACGUUAAUUAAAAUGGCUACAUACGCAUAUAAAGCCAACCCUAAUGGGCACUGCCGUCUGUGUACGGACAAAGACAAGAAAGAGGACAUGGUCGCAUGCGAUGAAUGCGAUCGGUGGUUCCACAUUUCAUGUGUGGGACUCACAUACCUACCCAAGAAAGAUGAAAGGUGGGUAUGCCCUAAGUGCAUGAGCACAGAAAGGGAAAUGAUGGAACUGAAAGUCAAAGUCAGACAAUCAGUUUCCGGAGACAGCUUGCAAGAAAUUUUGCAAGAGAACAGAGCAGCAAUGGAGGCUCUGGUAAAGUCCAUGAGGACAACGAGAUUCGAAGCUGAACCAGGUACAAGUUCAGCACACAAUAAUGACAGCAUCGAAGGUCAAAAUCAGGAGGCAGAGCCAGAAUGGACUGUCUACCUAAAGCGACAAGCACUCAUGAGCUUGCCAAAAUAUGGAGGUGCGGCCAGAGAAUGGCCGAAAUUUAAAAAGGCCUUUGAUGAGACCACAAAACAAGGUCAAUUUAACAGGCUUGAAAAUUUGAAUCGCCUGCAAACAGUGCUGUACGGGAACGCAGAGAGGAGCGUCCGACAGUUAAUGAUGGAUCCAAAUAAUAUGGACCAAAUAAUUGAUAGACUAGAAGAUAAUUUCGGAAGACCCGAACUAGUCUAUAAAGAACUACUAGCCGAACUCACCAAUAUCAAAAGGGAGAGUCGGAAUUUGAUUACCGAGAUAUCCGAAGCACUGGAUAAUCUCGUCUGUAAUGUUUCUCUUAUGGAUAGAGAAGAAUUCCUGAUUGACCACCGAUUGGUGGAAGAGAUCAUAAGGAAAAUGCCCUACGGUCUACAGGUGAAGUGGACUGAAGAAAUGUACGACGGGGCAAAGACUUUAGCUGAUCUCAAUGAGUGGCUGAAGCCUCAUUCGAGAACCAAUAGACUGCUGAAUGGCACCAGCAGGCCGCAGCCGCGAGAAACAAGCAGACCGCAGCCGCGAGAAAUUAACAGAUCGCAGCCGCGAGACACGAGGCCUGAGCGUCGAUUUAACGUAAAUACGCAUCAGGAAAAUAGAUCGACAAUAAUAAAACGCAAUUGUGAAGCAUGUCGGGGAAACCACAAACUCCUCGAAUGCACCAGAUUUAAGGCUAUGAAGCCUGAAAAGCGAAAUGAAUUAGCCUUUAAGGCAAAGGUAUGCUUGAGCUGUCUCGCAUUUACAAACCAUAUGAUGCGAGACUGCAAAAGAGCAAAACAAUGUGGAAUUAAUGGAUGUAAGUUCAAACAUCAUCCAUUAAUUCAUAAAUCUCAUGAGAGAGAAUCAAGUGAUUCAAAUCAGUCGGAAGGACAGCAUAGUCCAGAUACACAAGCAGAUGGUGAGAUACACAAUCACCAACAACUAACAAAAUCCAACGUAUUCUACCAAAUAGUUCCUGUGACGUUGAAAAAUAAUGACAAAAUCAUCAACACGUUCGCUUUCUUGGAUGCGGGGUCAUCACUCUCUCUAAUAGACGAGGAGAUUGCGAACAAGUUAGGGCUCAACGGAAGAAUUGAUCCGUUAAUGCUAAAGUGGACGCAGAACGUCACGAGAAACGAACAAAACAGCCGUAGAGUUCAGGUACGAAUCAACGGCAACAAUGAAAAAGAAUACGUCAUGAAAGGAGUGAGAACGAUAAAGAAUCUCCAACUCCCAGAGCAAAGCUUCAACAAGGAGGUGAUGGAGAAAAGGUAUCCAUACCUCAAGAAUCUGCCGUUGAGCAGUUACAGCAGUAUACGCCCGACGAUAUUAAUUGGACUGAGUCACAGUCACUUGUUAAUUCCAUUCGAAAGGCGAAUGAGAAAACCGAACGAGCCCACAGCGCUACGAACCAAACUUGGAUGGUUCAUGUUCGGCAACAUAUCGUCCAAUGUGCAAGGCGGACACAUCAUGGUCAUUCAGCAAGAAGAUGAAAUGAACAAGGCUUUGCAGAAAUAUUUCUCCACCGAAGACUUCGGCGUUAAGGUAGUCAAGAAUCUACCAAAAUCAGCUGAAGAAGAAAAGGCUGAACAAAUUCUAAGAAGUACUAUGAAAUACAAGGAUGGUAGAUACGAAGUUGGACUUCUAUGGAAAGAUGAGGAAACGAAAUUUCCAAAUAGCUACAACAAUGCAGCAAAGAGGCUGACAACGAGUGAGAGAACGUUAAAAAAAGACCCAGAGUUGAAAAAAUGGGCAAUAGAAACAUUUGCGGAUUACGAGAAGAAAGGCUACAUCCGCAAACUGUCAGAGGAAGAAAUUAUGAAGCCGAUAUCAAGAGUGUAUUAUCUUCCACACUUUAUUGUGCACAACAAAAAUAAGUUGCCACCUAAACCAAGGUUGGUUUUCGAUGCGGCGGCAAAGACACAAGGUGUAUCGUUCAACACGGAACUGUUAUCAGGGCCGGAUGCUACUACGUCAUUGUUCGGUGUUUUAGUAAGAUUCCGAGAAGGAGCAAUUGCUGUAUGUGGAGACAUCAAAGAGAUGUUCCACCAAGUACGAAUCCGAGCUGAAGAUCAACACGCUCAGAGAUUCUUAUGGAGAGAUUGUGAUAGCAGUAAGAAACCUGAUGUAUACGUAAUGCAGGUGAUGACAUUCGGAUCAACCUGUUCACCGUCAUGUGCACAAGCGGUUAAAAACCACAACGCAGAAAAAUUCAGAAAAUAUUGUCCAGUGGCGACUGAAGCAAUCAUCAAGCAACACUACGUCGACGAUUAUUUGGAUAGUUUCGAAGAGCUUGAUAAGGCAGCAGAGAUAGUACUACAUGUUAUGAAAAUUCACGAUCACGCGGGUUUCCACAUCAGAAACUUUGUGUCAAACAGCAGAGAACUUCUGCAAAGUUUACCCUCGGAACGUGUACAAAUUUCCGGAAUCAAAAUGUUCGAAGAAAAGAAUUCAAUGACAGAAAAGGUACUUGGUGUAUAUUGGAACACCACGUCUGACACACUCGGCUAUCAAAUCAAAUUAGACAAGCUAGGAAGUGAUGUUACACAAAUGCUACGUUUACCAACAAAGAGAGAGGUACUAGCUUUCGUGAUGAGUGUCUACGAUCCACUUGGACUCAUCUCAAAUAUAACUGUGCAUGGAAGAAUCCUCAUGCAAAGGCUGCACAUAGAAAAUAUAGAUUGGGAUGACGAAAUUCCCGAGAAGUUGCAGUCAGACUGGCAACACUGGUUAGAAAUUAUUGAAUCUGCUGAUAGCGUAACGAUACCAAGAUACAUCCUCGAAGAAAGAACAGGUGAAGUAGAACUACACACCUUUGUAGAUGCUUCUGAGAAAGCAUUUUGUGCAUGUGUGUACGUAAGAAGUAUAUCUGGAAACACACCACACGUAAGACUUCUAUCAGCAAAGUCUAGAGUAGCACCAGUCAAACCAUUGAGCAUACCACGCCUAGAGCUACAAGCGGCCGUGUUAGGAAGCCGAUUAACCAAAACGAUAAUAGAUGAAACGAGGUUGAAAAUCGUCAGCAAAACAUUUUGGAGUGAUUCACAGACCGUAUUGUCAUGGAUCAAGAGUCCAAAACGAAGAAGCGUAUUUGUGAUGCAUCGAGUAGGUGAAAUCCUGGAAGAUAACAGGAAAAAUGAAUGGCGAUGGGUGCCAACAGAUGAAAAUCCAGCCGAUGAAGGCACAAAGGAAAAGCUAGGAAAAUCACAAUGGUUUGAGGGACCUGAUUUCCUAAAGCUCUCAGAAUCGUCAUGGCCUUCCAUUGAAGAGAAGGAAACAGACGAAGAGUUGAGAGAAACAGUGCUAGUUCACGAAGAACUAAGCAAACUUAGUUUCAUCGAUAAGUACAAGGAAUACUCAGAUUGGUGGAAAUUGGUGAAGAACCUUUGUGUAUUAAACAGGACAAAGGAAAGAUUACGUCGUGGAUAUAUUCCAGACAUUGAGUACAAGGACUACCAAAGAGCUGAGAACGUGCUCUAUAGAAAGAUGCAAUGGGAAGCAUUUCCAACAGAGAUGGAAACUUUAUUCAAUGGCGGAACAAUAUCGUCAGGACCAUUGGUCAGUUACGCACCCUUCCUAGACGAGGCAGGGGUAAUGAGAAGUGGAGGACGUUUGAAGAAAGCCAUGUCAGUACCAUGGACUACAAGAACGCCAAUAUUGCUCCCACAAAAGCAUCCAUAUACAUAUUUGAUCGUGAAAGCAACACACGAAAGAUAUUUCCACCACGGCGAAAACACCGUCAUAGCAGCAUUACGGCAGAAGUAUUGGAUACUGCAUAUAAGAACAGUAUUAGCAAACGUCAAGAAGAAUUGCAAUAGGUGCAAAAUACGACGUGCAACUCCGGUAGAGCCGAUGAUGGCAGAUUUACCACAUUUCCGCACAGAAGCGCAUAUACCUCCAUUUACAAACUGCGGAGUAGAUUACUUCGGACCUUUCGAAGUAGCGGUAAAGAGAUCGCUCGAGAAGAGAUGGGGCGUCAUAUUCACCUGUCUCUCAACAAGAGCAGUACAUAUUGAGAUGGCAGAAAAUCUCAGUACUGAUGCGUUCAUGGUCGUGUUAAGGAACUUCCAGAACCGAAGAGGAAAGGUCACCAGUAUCUACAGCGACAACGGAACGAACUUCGUUGGAGCAGAGCGAGAGUUAAAGUCGCUAGUCAAUGAAAUCAACGAGAAGAUGGGCAAAAAUGAAGCAGCAAAAAUGGAAAUCCAGUGGAGAUUCAACCCACCUUCAGCACCACAUUUUGGAGGCGCUUGGGAGAGAUUAAUAAGAAACGUCAAAGUAGCACUAGCAGAGAUCCUGAAAGUUUGGGGUAGGAGCAAGCCAUCAGCAGCAACGUUGCAAGCUGCAUUCAUCCAAGCGGAAUUUUUAGUCAACUCUCGACCGUUGACACACAUACCAGUCUCCUGCAUCGACGAUGAAGUGUUGACGCCAUUCCACGCGUUAAUAGGAAGAGCAGGAGAGUAUGCCCCACCGUAUGCACCAACGACCAGUCAGUAUGACACAGCGCAAUGGAGACGCAUUCAACAUUAUUCCAAGUUGUUUUGGAACCGAUGGAAGAAGGAGUACUUACCAACUCUGUUAAAGCGUAAUAAAAAUACGCAGAAAGUAGAACCGAUCAAAGUCAACGACAUCGUCUUAAUCACGGACGACGACGCACCACCAGGAAAAUGGCUUAAAGGACGAGUCAUCGAAACGUUUGUGGCGAGCGACGGGCAAGUUCGCCAAGCAAAGAUCCAAACCGCGAAAGGUGUCCUGAAACGACCGGCAGUUAAAAUUGCAGUACUGGACAUUAUCAAGGGAAAUGAUCCAGCCAUCAACUAAUCAGGAAGAAGACGUCAGUGCUCGCUACCAGAGCACCAAUAUCCGAAAGAUGCAGCCAACUGAUGUAAGCUCGCGUCAGAGCUAAGAUGUAUGAUCCAUGGACCAAGCAUUGAAGAGGACAUCCUUUGGAACCAGGCAACGUGCCGAAGAAUUGAAAUUUAAAAGUGUUUUUAAACUCUGUUAGAAUAUAAGGAUGAAUGUAAAAUAAAUGAUGCUCCGAAAACAUGUAAACAAAUAGAGAUAUAAGUAACACAGGUAGCAUAGGGUCCGUUCAGGAAUUUUAUAAAUCGAACAAGUAGAUUUAUCAGGGCCGGAAUGUUACGGACCCAAUUUAGAUAGCAAGGCCGGCCAAUAAACAAAAUAAUGUUAUUGAAGUGCAAACGAGCGCAUAGAAAAUUUAUAGCCCAAUGAAUCACCAGAUACGGCCAUGUGAUUCAUCCCUUUCUUAUUUUUCUUUUCCUUUUGUAUAGCUUCAGACAAGCGGUGCAUGACGCACCAGAAAGUAGGGACAAAUAAAUAAACAAAUCUGUGACCCGCACGAUCCUCUGAAUAGAUCGUAUUACUCAUAGUGUAGCGCAGGCAUACAAGAUAGGAAAUCACGUGUUCAUUUGAGACCGUGAGCAGGCAGCAUAGACAGAUAAGGCGCCUGGAAUACACAAAGACAACAAGGCACCAGGCGAAAGAUUAUUGCUGGUAAUAAGCCUGGCCUCGCCCAUUAUCGAAUAUACGAAGGGCUAUAAACAAAAAUAACAUUUUAAGCCGACGAUGAGUAAUAAACUUUCUAAAUUGUACCCCUCUAGCGAGAGCGACAAAGGUCCGCAGAGAUAAGCGGGUAGUAAUAACAUGUAGGGAAAUAGCAGGCAGACAAUCGAUAUGGGCUCGGUUGUCUGAGAAGGAAAGAGAGAUCUCUUCUCUCCUUUAUAGUUUUAACGCCUAGGAAUGAAUUCUUGGGUAUAUAUACUGGGGAUUCUGGCCUAGGAAGUCAGUUCAAUUUCACAGUUCAAACCGAAAGGUUCAAUUUCACAGUUCAAAUCAAACAGUUCAAUUUCACAGUUCAAAUCAAACAGUUCAAAUCAAACAGUUCAAAUCAGAAGUCUAAUUCGUUAGUUCAAAAUCAAAGUUCGUAGUUCAAAGUUCAAUUCGUGAUCCGAAAAUCCACCAAGCGUUGACAACCAGGCGUCACGCAUCAGUAUCCGGAUACACCCAAGCGUUGGCAACCAGGCGCCACGCUAUAAAAGGCAUACUUGAUUUGAGCGUGUAUCAAUUUCUACACUGAAGAAAAAGUUUAGUAAAUGCAGCUACCAAAUCUUUAGUAGUCGAAACAUUUGUAAAAUGUACACAUUUUUUGUAAAUAUUACCAAAGUUUUGUAAAACUGAUGUCAGAUGCAAUGUACAUCCCUACCAAUGAUUCGUGCAUUUUACUUCAUAGCAUGUGCAACCUUGAGUAUUUUCAAUUCUAACAACUGUGUGUGUGCGCAACCGCCAUUUCUCUAAUGGAAGCGAAGCGAUUUGGAGCCUAAAAUCGUAGAAUCCAUAGCAAAAGUUUCAUGCAGCGAUCGCAACCAACAGCAGCAAUGGACCGCCUCUGGAUGGAUUCGUUGUUCCAGGAAAUGAUGGAUAUCAGUUGGACCAAUCGUACCGUCAGCAGCGAGGAAACCAAAAACAACCGUUUCACACUGAACAAUCAACAGCUAGAAAGACUACCAACACGGAUGAGAAGCAGCAGCAACAGCGCAGAUUGUCGGUGUUAUUCGAAUAAUAUACUGUCUGCAGCAAAAACUCCACUAGCUGAUGAACGAUAUGCUACGACGAAAUUUCCAAACUUUUAAACAGCGUCACAACAUUAAUUCUACAGCAGUACUUGGCGACGGAACACAGCGAAAACCAUUACCAUCACUAUCACCGACAGAAGUCCACUAAUACUUCCAUCGAAGGAUCGGAGCGAUAUGUGUCCUAUUUGCUACACAAUUUCUUCCACAAAUCACGACUUCACGGAGCUCAACAACAGAAAAUCCGCGUCUGAGGAUGAUGGAGAGCGUCAGUUUGCGUGGUAAAUUUGCCUCAAGGCGCUUCGUUGCUGGAUCGGUACAUGCUGCCUCCGCUCGAACUUGGAGCGUCACAGCAAGCGGUAACAUCUUCAAUUCUGAUCGUAUUGUCAGCGCGGAGGCAAUCAUUAGAAGCGCGGUUGGAGCAUUCGAUCGGCAAUCAAACAAUCCGCCAACGGAAGGAAGUAGACAAAGAUUUGAUGUUCCGCUGUCACAAGAUUAAAACGACGAGCAGGUGCUGCUGACUUCCGGCUCGGCAUGUGGCUGAGUGGAGAUCCAAUUUUGAUCCACAAUGAUCAAUCCGCAUGUGACUAAACUCAGAGAUUUUUUCACUAUGCAGCUUCCAUUGGGGUUUCCAGUAAAAAUAGAAAUAACGCUGUUUCAUGUGUUGAACGCGGUUAUCAUAUUUGGCAACGUAUUCGAAUAAGAGACACCCGUGACCAGCGUGAGCCCCAUCAAAGAAAGCGAAGAGCGUACGAGAUGCAUCAUCGAGGGUUACUGUUUCGAUGUCCCGUUCGAGUACGUACGACGUGGUGCCGAUUUCCGGCGUCAAAUAAUAUUCGAAGAUGAGAACGAGUUCAUGCAAUUUUCGAUCCAGCAAAAUUUCGCAAGUGUCCGAAAAAGCACACUUUUAUGUACUGUGAUACCCAACUCGCUCGCUGAAAGCCUGCACGAAAAGCUUUUCAAUACUUUAUAAAAAUAAGAAUAGAAUAAGAAUAAAAGGGAGGCGAUCUGGCGUAGUGGUAACAUUCAUGCCUCUCACGCUAAAGGUCACGAGUUCAAUUCUCACUCACGACAUUCUUCCAAAAAUGGAAGUAAAAGUGACGAACCAGCCAAAUGAGUUGAAAGUCACUAUAAUACAGAUAAAAAAAAAAUGAAUAAAAAUUUUUGAAAUAAAAAUUAUAUUACUCAAUUAUAUUAAACCAGUGGAGGGCCAACAAAUCAGCCAUUACUGAAGCCAAAAUUGAGCCAACACUGGACUUACAAACCGUAGUUUUGUUUGACAUUUAUGUCUACCAAUUUUUUUUCGUAGGAUGUACCAAUGAUUAGUAGGGUAGAAAAUGACUAGCGAAUUGGUAAUAUUUACCAAAAAAUUCGUCAUAUAUACUAAAUUUUCUUCUCAGUGUAGCUGUCUUGACGCAAGGUCUUUAAUGAAGAAUAAUAAGAUGGGAAGGUUUAUAUAAACAUGUUCAUAAUUACAUAAGUUUAUUCAAAUAUUAUUAUUACUCUUAUAUUAA